AUGGCAUUAAUGAAGAAAGUCAUGUUUGGUGUUCUCUUCUUCUUCAUUGCAUUUGAGUUAAUUAGUUGCAUUCCUCUUUUAGAUGAUCGUCAACCUGAGUUGAGUCCAUAUUUCAAUUGCAUAGGCGAAAAACAAUCAUCAUGCAUGCCAAAAGGCAAUGAAGGCCUAAGUCCACAAGCUCUAUUCGAUAAAAAGAGAAAAUGCAUAAGCGACUCACACACAGCAUGCCAACCUAUAUACGACAAAAUCUUGUCAGAAUUCCAGAAUACAGAACCAAUUGAUGAAUUCAAUUGCAUUGGACAACAAUGUCUUCCACAACCAACAUUACCAACAGGAGAGCCGAAGCCAGAAGAAAAAGUAAAUAAUGUGCAAAAUGUAACGGAAGUUAUAAUAAAUGGUGAUCAUAUGAAUAUUACGAAUGAAGUUCCCGAAAGAACAUUAAUGGUAGAUUCCAAAGAACUGAAGCGUGCGGCAGAAGGAAAGUGCUUAACCAAAGGACAUGUAUGUAGAAUUCCAUUCAAAGCAAUUAAUAAUUCAUCAUACCUUAUUGAAGAUUGUUGCGAAGGCCAAUUUUGCGACCAGAUUCUAAAAAACAAUGUUGAAUUCGGUCAAUGUUGUCUCCAAAAUGACCGCAAUAAUUGUUGGUUGCCCUGA